UGUGAAAAACUGCAGCAAAGAUCAGAUAGCAGACAAGGGUGAGAGAGAGAGAGAGAAAAAAGGAGAGAGAAAGAGAGAGCAGUUUUUUAAAUGUUCAAACAGACGAGGUGGCGCACCGGAACAUUAGGGAAUCUCUGGACACACGAGGAUAACCACGGCAGUGCUGAAGAUUACUGAAACGUCAGAACAACACUCGUUGAUGGAACAUUCUGAGGUUGUUAGCAUAUAAUCUGCAGGCUUUAGAUAAGAACCUCCAUCGAAUACAUGCGUACAUGUGUGCGAGUUUCCUUCUGAGUAUGUGACACUAAAGAUGAGGACCUCGUUGAACAGUCAGGAUCCAUUUUUUUCUUUUAAAGGGAGUUUUUUUCCUGUAGGGGAACUAUAAGAAAUUCAAUGGAAUCAUGCUUUAGCUCAACUUCAGAUCUCUCUCUUACAUAUUUCCAUGCACACAAAGGGAAGAAAAAAGGCAACACAAACUGAUCCAGAACUGCUUUGGUACUCUCUCCCACUUACGGAUUGGUUCUGGCCAGGCAGAGUGGCAUGAGUGUGGGCAAGCCCCACCGCUACAACAUUGUGUCAUCGGAGGAGGAGGACGUGUUCCGCCACGGCAACAUGCCUGCCCUCGGCAAUGGCUUUGGUAAUGGCAAGAUCCAGACGCGCCGGAAGGUGCGAAGUCGCUUUGUUAACAAGACAGGCCAGUGCAACGUCAGUUUCUCUCAUAUGGACGAGCAAUCCCAGCGCUACCUCGCCGACAUCUUUACCACCUGUGUGGACAUUCGCUGGCGGUGGAUGUUCGUCCUUUUCUCCCUUGCAUUUGUCCUGUCCUGGCUCGCAUUCGGGUUCGCCUUCUGGCUUAUUGCUCUUGUCCAUGGUGACUUAGACCGGCCCUCUCAAGAUGACUUCACACCGUGCGUCAUGCAGGUGAACAGCUUUGUCGCAGCAUUCUUGUUCUCGGUUGAGACGCAAACGACGAUUGGCUACGGAUUCCGCUGCGUGACUGAGGAGUGUCCUUUAGCAGUAUUCAUGGUCGUUUUCCAGUCCAUUGUGGGCUGCAUCAUUGACUCUUUCAUGAUCGGUGCCAUCAUGGCCAAAAUGGCACGGCCUAAGAAACGGGCAGAAACGAUACUGUUCUCGCAAAAUGCUGUCAUCGCUAUGCGUGACGGGAAGCUGUGCCUCAUGUGGCGGGUCGGGAACUUGAGGAAAAGUCACAUUGUUGAGGCUCACGUACGGGCGCAGCUAAUUAAGCCCCGAAUCACAGAGGAGGGGGAGUACAUACCUCUCGAUCAGAUCGACAUCAAUGUGGGCUACGACCAAGGUCUUGACCGCAUCUUCCUGGUUGCUCCCCUCACCAUCCUACAUGAGAUAAGCGAGGAGAGUCCCUUGUUUGGAAUCAGCAAGCAGGAGCUGGAAACAUCAGAUUUUGAGAUAGUGGUCAUACUGGAAGGGAUGGUCGAGGCGACUGCAAUGACGGCUCAAGUGCGCAGCUCAUACCUGGCCAGCGAGAUCUUAUGGGGCCAUCGCUUUGAGCCUGUGGUGUUUGAGGAACGCAACCAGUAUAAGGUGGACUACUCGCACUUUCAUAAGACCUAUGAGGUUCCCUCAACGCCUCGUUGCAGCGCCAAAGACAUGGAGGAGAACAAAUCCUUGGAAUCUGGUGCCAACUUCUGCUAUGAAAAUGAGUUAGCCUUCAUUAGUAGGGAUGAAGAGGAGCAGGAGGAGGACAGGGGUGAGAGGGGGACUGAGCUAGAGACCCUUUCAGCCAAUCUAAACUUUGAUCAGAGGUCGUAUCACAAAGAAUCUGAAAUAUGACCACUGAUUGUCACCUUCAAAGACUUUGCUUUAUUGUAGAAUCAGCCUAUUAUUUUAGGGUCGGUUGUAACGAACAGAUACAGAGCAAUGCAAGUGCCAUAUGAAACUUUGACCCAUUGUCCUAGAGCCAUGCUGUAGUCGAGGGCAGGUCAGGAAAAGAAAGUGCUUUUUGUAGUUGUCGGAAAUGUGAGGCCUUCCUAUAGGAAAACUUGAAAUCUGAUUAUCUGUUUCAUACUGUAGUUUGAAGUGAUAGCUUUAAGUAGUAUCAUUAUGCAAUACUAAGCUAGCCUGGGUGCCAUUUUGACUAAAUCUUUCUCUUGUACACACAAUUUGCACAAAAUAGGAUGUUAACCACUAGUGUGUUUGCUUGGAUAUUGAGUAGAACAUGAUAAACUCUUGUUUGGUGUGAUUUACAGCAAUAAAGUGACUUGAAGACUUUA